AUGUUGGCUAGCAAGCUAGGAAUCGAGCAAGUUGCUGACCAGCUGAACGGGAAGCGCGUAUUGAUGCGCGUAGAUUUCAAUGUGCCGCUGAAAGACGGCAGAGUAUCAGACAACACGCGAGUAGUAGCGACGAUACCGACGAUAAAAUACGCAUUAGAUCACGGAGCAAAGGCAGUAAUAUUAAUAUCUCAUUGCGGUCGUCCAGAUGGUAGAAGACAAGAGAAAUAUAGUUUAAAGCCUGUUGUACCUGUCUUAGAGCAAGAACUCAAGAAAGCAGGUAUUGAUAAACAAGUUCAAUUUGUUAAUGAUUGUGUCGGCGAAGAAGCAGAACAAGCUUCAGCACAAGCUUCUAAUGGACAUAUUAUUCUUCUUGAGAACCUUCGAUUUCAUAUCGAAGAAGAAGGCAAAGGAGAAGAUGAAAACGGCAAUAAAGUUAAAGCAGACCCAAAGAAAGUUGAAGCAUUCAGAGCUUCUCUUACAAAGCUGGGCGACAUCUUUAUAAACGAUGCCUUUGGUACUGCGCAUCGAGCGCAUGCAUCGAUGGUCGGCGUUAAUCUGCCGACGCGUGCAGCAGGUUUAUUGAUGAAAAAAGAAUUAGAUUACUUCGCAAAGGCGCUUGAAAACCCUCAAAAGCCUUUCCUAGCUAUUCUUGGAGGAGCAAAAGUUAAAGACAAGAUUCAGCUUAUCAAAAAUCUUCUCUCAAAGGUUGAUAUGAUGAUAAUAGCCGGAGGCAUGGCGUUUACUUUCAAGAAGGUAUUAUCAGGAAUGAACAUCGGUGCAUCUUUAUAUGAUGAAGAGGGGGCGAAGAUAGUAAAGGAUAUAAUGAGUGAAGCAGCAGCUAAGAAUGUAGAGAUACUGCUUCCUUCCGACUUUGUUUGUGCUGAUAAAUUUAGUAAUGAUGCUCAAACUCAAAUUCGUACAGAUGCACAAGGCAUUGAAGAGCCCUGGAUGGGUCUUGAUGUCGGUCCUAAGACAAUUGAAGAAGCAAAGCAGAUGAUAAUGAAAGCGAAGACAAUAGUCUGGAACGGCCCCCCGGGUGUAUUUGAGAUGCCUUCAUUCUCAAAAGGCUCUUCAGCAUUUGUAGAUGCUGUUGUAGCAGCAACAAAAGCAGGUUCAAUAUCAAUUGUAGGAGGCGGUGAUACAGCUUCUUUAGUCGAACAAAACAAGAAAACUUCGCUAAUGAGUCAUGUCUCUACAGGAGGCGGUGCUUCUCUUGAAUUGUUAGAAGGUAAAGAGCUGCCAGGUGUAGCUGCUUUAUCUAGCAAAUAA